AUGGAAUCGAGCUCUAAACGUCGCAAGCUCGAGCACUCGGGCUCCGGUAUAAAGCAUACCAACCUGAUCGAUUUCGAGUCCGGAAGCGCCACCCGUUUAUCCACAGCAAGCAUCUUCACUCUGCAGACGGAUGAGCUACUCAGAGGCGCCAAAGUCGACUACGCCAAAACCCUGAAAGAUGCAGAUGAGCAAUUGUAUAAGCUUAAGGGGAUCAUAGACUCUAUCGAAGGUCAUGGUCCUGAGCCUCUUGGCGAAGCAACCUCGAAAUUCGAGAAGAAACACCACAUUACCGUGCCCUACCCCGAGCCGAGACCCGCCAAGGAUGUCCCGUACCAACUAUCAUUCGAAAAGCCAGCACAAGUGAACGUUGUGGGCAGCUAUGUGGCCAGGUCUAUGGUUAAGACCCAGUCGCGCUUUUGCGUCGACAUGAUCGUGCAGAUGCCCAAGACCAUGUUCCAAGACAAGGACUACCAGAACAUGCGCUACUUCUAUCGAAGGGCAUACUACAUUGCUUACAUUGCGUCGCAAGUGCGGAACGAGCUAGGCGACUCAAUGGAUCUCAGUUUCGAGUUCCUUCACGAUAAUCGCCUGUUGCCCGUUCUCCUCAUUACGCCCAAACCAGCGGAAGAAAAUGGGAAAUCGGUGAGCCAAAAGAAGAAGAAGACAGGCGCUUCUGGCCAUUCUAUCAGGGUGAUCCCCUGCGCUCCUGAAGAUCUCCUUCCAACUUCGAAGCUGGUCCCAUCGUUCAACUCCAACCGAGGAAAUGAGAAAGACGACAAAACUGCAACGCGUGGCACUCCAUUUUACAACUCUACCCUUAAAGCUGAGGCGACCUUUGUCACCUAUCUACGGACUCUUACCCGCGCAAAGAAGGACUGCCCGGCCUUCCCUGAUGCCUGCAUUCUGGGCCGGACAUGGCUGCAACAGCGAGGUUUUGGCUCUUCCAUUUCACAAGGCGGUUUCGGCCAUUUUGAGUGGUCUUUACUCCUUGCUUUGCUUCUCCAAACUGGCGGACGAAAUGGGAAGGCGACACUCUCAAACUCCCUCAGUGCCACGGAAAUUUUCAAGGCCGCUGUUCAAUUUCUCUCUGAUACCGACUUCAACAAAAAGCCAACUAUAUUAGGAGCCUUCAAUGGCACUCUUGAUGCAGUCCGAGAAACUGGCCCGGUUCUAUAUGACCCUUCAACCAGCCUUAAUGUGCUGUUCAAAAUGCAUCCUUGGUCGGCAAGCUUGCUGCAGCAAUAUGCUAAAUCUACCACUGAUCUCCUCUCGGACGAAGCAGCUGAUAAAUUUGAGCCGAUCUUUAUUGUCAAGGCCGAUAUUCUCUCGCAAAUUUACGAUGCAACUUUUACUAUUAAAAGUCAGGACAUGACAAAGUCAUCGGGGUCACCAGAUCGACGCGGUGCUGUGUCGGAGUUCAGCCUCGAGGCUUACAAAGUGUUGAAGAAGGCAUAUGGAGGCCGCGCUCAAUUACUGCAUAUCCAAUCCCCUACCACAAGCAAAUGGUCUCUCGGGGCAAAUCCUCCAUCCGAGCACGACCACGUAACUAUUGGCGUGACAUUCCAAUUUGCCCAGAUGUCCCGCCAGAUGGAGCAUGGCCCCCCUGCAGAGGAGCAAAAGGAAGCCGCCAGGUUCCGCCAAUUUUGGGGUGAAAAGGCAGAGCUAAGGCGAUUCAAAGAUGGCAGUAUCCUGGAAUGCGUUGAAUGGCAAAGCCGCCUCCCAUUCCAGGUUUGCGAGGAGAUUGCCCGUUAUAUUCUUGCACGACAUCUUAAGUUGACCCAAGAGGAAGUCUCUUUCCAUGGUCCAGGGCUUCACUCUGUACUGAAUUUUUCAAACAUGGACAAAGAUGCCUUCGACUCGGCGCGAAAGGCCUUCCAGACUUUCGAGCAUGAUAUUCGAACUCUCGAAGAUCUCCCAUUACAGAUACGACAGUUAUCCCAGGUUUCGUCUUAUGCCCGAUAUUCAUCAUUGUACCCUCCCAUGCUAGGCUUCCACACGGGCUCUAUUCAGCCAAUGGAGGUCAAUAUGCAUUUUGAGGCCUCGAAUAAAUGGCCUGAAAAUCUCAUUGCCAUUCAAGAAGCCAAAAUAGAAUUUCUUCUCGACAUCGACAGGCGCCUCAGCGGAGCCCAUGAGAACAUCACUACUUACCUUGGGAGAGAAAACAGAGAUGUUGGGGUAGAGAAUUUGGCCUACCUCGAUGUUGUGUAUGAAAACGGUGCAGCCUUCCGAGUGAGGGUACACUGCGAUCUAGAGGAGGUUCUCCUUGGACGGCAAGUGAUGAACAAGACCCUUGAUCACUAUAUCCGGGAUGAGGCCGAGGAAACACUGGCCAGCGUCAACUGGCAGUACAGUACUCUGGCAUUGCACACACAGAUGAUUGCCACUUUCUGCACCCGAUUCCACGCUCUUUCCCAGUCCAUCCGUCUGGUGAAGGAAUGGUUCAAUGCUCACAAGCUGAUGGGGCACAUCAGUGAGGAGGUCAUCGAACUGCUGGUGCUCCAUGUUUUCCUCACCCCUUACCCCUGGAAGAUGCCCUCAUCGGCUUCAACAGGGUUCUUGCGCACUUUGGAUUUCCUCGCAAGAUGGAAUUGGAAAGAAGAGCCGCUCAUUGUUGACUCAGCCGAGUCUCUGUCGAUCGACGAGCGCUCCGCAAUCUACAAGAAUCUCGAAACCUGGCGAAAGAGAGAUCCCAACAUGAACAACGUCGUCCUCUUCAUUGCGACGUCGCAUGACCAAUCAGGUCGUGCGUACACCCGCCGCAACCCCUCGAAGCUCAUUGCAUCGCGCAUGACCAGGCUAGCUCAAGCCGCCUGCAAGCUAGUCAAGGAGAAGGACUACCGCCUAGAUCCUGCUCAGCUGUUUGAGACAUCUCUCAGCGACUACGAUGUUCUCUUCCACCUCUCACCCAAGGCUGUCAAGUCCAUCCUACGCGAAGCCGCCGCGGAGCCUGGUGUUCGAAAGCAGUCACAGUUCAAGAACCUCGAUGACCGUACCGGCAAGGUGCCUCUUCCGAUCCGUGCGCACCCCAUCGAGGUCCUUCUCGAAGAGCUUCAGCGCGUGUACGAUGAUACCUUGAUCUUCUUCCGUGCUGGGGUUGAAGGAAUUGCCGACGAGGACAGUGACCACAUCAUUGGCGCCAUCUGGAACCCUCGUUUGCAACAGCAAAAGUUCAGGGCUGGACUGCCAUACAAUAUCCGCAAGGUACCCAACGCAGAAGGCGAUGUUGUGGAAGUAAACCGCCAAGCCGUACUACUUGAGAUUGCCAGGAUCGGCGGGGAGAUGAUCAAGAAGAUCGAGGAGCUAGAAGAGGACGACUAA